AUGGUAGCUGAUACCCUCGCACUGAUCGACAACCUCUCUGAUCCCGCAAACCACGCACAACUAGAAGCCGAGACGGCGCUUGCAAACGACUGGUAUCCGUGCCGGACACCGAGCAGCCCCCCCUACAUGCCCAUGGUCGACUCCACGGGGCCAGUGAAACAGCAGCCCCCGCUCCCCUGGCGGGAGGACGGAAUCCGCCAGUUCCCAUUCACCGCCACCUGCGUUCUACAUGCGUUGCAGCGGGACGAUGCCUCUUGCGAGGGCACCCGCCCCGGCGACAUCCAGUUCCAGCCUCUAUCGACAGUCUUCCGAGCAGACUGUCUCGAGUAUGGCUUGGUUGUUCUCGAUAUCUCCGAUCUUGAUCGUGUGACGUACGGCAUUGCCGCGUUUCCUAUAUGCUAUAUGGCUACGGUUCUGUACGAAGACGAGAACAUAGACUGGGAUCCGGUCGAGGACGAGCAGCCGGACCAGGUGGAUCUUGUCCUGGCUAGUCCGCGUCCUCGUGAGCUGUUGUCGAUUGGGCAGUGGGUGCGGAAGUAUUGUGAGUGGUUGUCGGUGGAGGAGGCACCACGCAUCCUCGAACUGGAGGAGAGGCCGGUGGCUAAUGCGACAACGCUGGAUUAUAUCUGGCCACCGGGGCUAGAUAACCUCCCUCAAUCCGUGGUGGAGAUGGGAGCCUCCGGUGCCUCUAGCGUAACUGUGGCAGACGAGCUGCGGCACACUGUCCCGAUAAGAACAAUAAGAACGACAGGAACGGGCGGGUGA